AUGUCUAUCCCUGAUAAGAAAAAAACACUCUAUUACAAAGAAUGCAACAAAGACCAGAAUGAAUCCAUCAUCUUUCUGCAUGGUGGCGGAGGAAGUCACAUUGAGUGGAAACAGGUUGCGAAUCAAUCCUCCAUGGACUCGUAUCAUCUUAUACUUGUCGAUCUACCAAUGCACUCGGCAUCCCGUGACAUAAAGCCUCUCACAAUCGACACGGCAGCCGAUGAAGUACAAGAGGUCAUCCGCAACCAUGCCCAUGGCGGCAAAGCCCAUGUUGUUGGAUUCUCUUUAGGCGGAUUCAUCGCCUUGGUCCUAACCUCACGUCACCCGAACGCCGUGUUAUCAACCUUUGUUACUGGCGCGAACCCAUACCGAGGUCUGUUCAAAUGGGUCAUGCAAAGGCCAACAGCGAUGUGGAUCGUAAACAAGAUACAGAACAUCCCUGGGUUGACGGAAAUGGCCCUCAAGAGACAAGGGAUCGAUUACGAAGAGUGGAUGGCCGAGACCGAGAAGAACAAGUCACCAGAGAGGGACGAUGCAAUGAGAAGAGAGGUGAGAGGCAAGAUGGAUCAAGUUGAAGCGGUGAAAGAAAUGGGAGUAGUUUUAAGAGAAGGCGGACACGAGAAAGGAGUUGAGAAUGAAGCAGUCGUGGUGACAGAUGCAUAUCACCCUUGGCAUUUGCAGUUGCCAGAGCUGUUUGCUGCUGGUAUUUCUGCUUGGGUGGGAAACAAAGAGUUACCAAAGGAAUUUGAGAGGCUGUAG